CUGUUCCACACGACCCGUUACCUACCACCGCCUUGCGACGCGACCGUCCACCCUGCCGUCCUGCGUCGUGUCCGACCACCGCUGCGGAAACCAGAUACCCCGGCCGCUAUGGCGGAGCCGUCGUCCAUAUCCGCCAUCGCCUCGCCGCAGCCCGACCAGCUUGGCGCUUCUCCAUCCGCCCCGCAAAGCUCCAACCCUAACCCCCUCCUGUCCCCCCAAAUCCCCCCAUCCCCCACCGUCUCCGACCUCUCCGCCAUUUCCUCCCCGCAGCUCGACCCAGCUGCGGCAACUGCGGGCGGAGGAUCCACGGAGUUCCCUCCUCGCCCCCCGCAGUUACAGGCGCCCUCGCCAACGCAGGCACUGGCCGGCGCCGGAGGCUUCGGCCAGAUCCACCGCUCGGGUUCAGCCUCCCGCCUCCCUGCCGCCAGCCAGCUCCCACAAUACUCCGCUGCAACGGCCAGGAUGUACGGCGGGCAGAUGAGCUUCUCAGGCGGCGUUGGGCAGCUGGGGCAGCAGCAGCUGGCGGCGCGCGCCGCAAUGCUUGGUCAGGGCCAGCUGGGAAUGCUGCAAGGGCAGAGCAACACGGGCACUGCUGCACACUACGGGCUCCAGUCCCAGAUGAUGUCACAGCCAAGGCAAAAAGGCAUAGUGCAAGGUGCACAAUUUAAUACUGCGAACCCAGCUCAAGCAUUGCAAGGGAUGCAAUCCAUGGGAGUCAUGGGUACUUUGGGGAUGAACCAGAUGAGACCAAAUGGGACUAUUCCAUAUGGUGCUCAACAACGUUUUGCCCAUGCACAAAUGAGGCCACAGCAAGCGCAGCAAGGCGCACUAUCUCCACAGAAGGUAGCUGGUCAAGGCUUGUCAAGAACAGCAUCAAUUGCAGCAUUAAAUUCUCAACUACCUGGAUCAUCGCAAAAUGGGCAGAUUUUGCAAAUGUCACCUCAGCAACAACAGCAGCAGCAAUGGCUGAAACAAAUACAAUCAUCGAUGGCCUCACCUGUUUCUCAACAUCAACUUCAGCAGCAACAACGGAUGCUAUUGAUGCAACAACUUCAGAAAACAGGACUGAGUCCACACCAGAUUGCACAAGCCCAACAACAGCAUCCACAUCUCAAUACCCAACAGCUGAUACAGCAGCAGCACAUUUUGCAGCAGCUUCAACAGCAGCAGCAGCAGCUACAAUCUCCAAGGUUGUCAGCACCUGUCUCCCAGAAGUCUGCAAACUUGACAGGAUCUCAGCCGGGCACGCCUUUGUCAAGUGGGACUAUGGCUGGUGGAAGUGCAAGUCAAGGAGCAGAAGGAACUAACCAACUUCUUGGGAAGAGAAAAAUACAAGAUUUGGUUGCACAGGUAGAUCCCCUCUGCAAACUUGAUCCAGAAGUGGAAGAUUUGUUUUUAGAGAUCGCUGACGACUUCAUUGAGUCGGUGACUGCAUUUGCGUGCAGCCUGGCAAAGCACAGGAAAUCAUCAGUUCUUGAGGCCAAGGAUGUGUUGCUGCACCUACAGAAAAAUUGGCAUCUCACCGUUCCUGGUUUCUCUAGGGACAAGAAUCUACCGAGAAAUUAUGUAAAGACAGGGGUGGACCCUCAACAGCCGGAGUGUGAAGCUGCUGCAGUUAGAAGCGCAGGCAACAAAAUGGUUGCCAAUAGUUCAGUUGGCAACCAUCAGACAAGAGGUCCAGCAGUGGAGCCUUCACCAACACCCACAGUGGGUGCUCUGUCAAAAAUUCCUCGCUUCUGAGUUCUAUGUAGUGCUCCACAAGUGGAAGCUAAACAGUUGAAGGUUUCAGGACAGGUUCUAGAACAUUUCACAUACAACUCACCAAUGGUCUAACUCGAGGACGGAAGCACAAAAGGGAAAACGGGUGCUUGUCUACUACUGUGAUCCGGAUGCUUGUCUCAAAAGUGAAAAAAAAGAGAGUUUCCGACACAGGUCGUUUGCAACAAGCUACUGCAUUGGCCAUUAAGACUGUAACCUUAUUGCACAUGACUCCUGGCACCCCUGUUCAGUGUACAUAAUGUUUUGCAAAAUUAUAGCCAUCUUUCAGUCUAUGCUUUUAUGUGGCCGGGGAGCUUAUGUUCUGUGCCAUGCUGUUGUUACACAAACAUGAUAAUAGAAUGUAUUGUUAGUAGGCGACGA